CCAGAGGAGGACGUACUUUCGGUCCCGACCCGCUGUCUGACUUUGUUUGUUUGCUGUCGCGACGAGCUUCGCGUGGUACGUCCCGUAUGUGCACAGUACUCCAUGCACGUUCCCUCCUCGGCGACACUGGCAAUACCUGCGCGCCCACGGUCGGUCUCGAGGCUGAGCUCCUUGAUGACCCGGGUAUACGCGUCGGUAAUGGUGGUGGAAUGCCAAAUUGCAAUACAACGGCGCUGAGGCUGUCAUUGGCCUGAUAUGACCGGGCAAUUAUGUGAUGAGGAAAAAAGCAAUGGAAAGAGGAGUUACAGACACACCCCGCCGGUGCCCAUGCGCACAGACUCUGCUGGCGGACCGACGCUCUUGCCCCGUCGCGGAGCCCCAUCCUUGGUCAACGUCCGUGCCCGGGCGCGCGACUGACGCCUGAGACUUGCGCCGCUUUGUGUACUGGCAUUACUAGAUGUAGAGUUUGAACGAGUGAGGGCGGCGGGCAGGGCAGCGGACGGGACUGGGGACGACAUAGACUGGGCCAUCGAGGCCUUCAAGGUUGCAUCGAACUUGGCCCGCGACGGCGACUCCCAACCAAGGACGUCUUCUCACCGGCGUCUACCCCCGGAUUCCUAUCAGAAUUCGGGUUUGUCUCCGCCCGCCGCCUCCAUGUGCGCCUUGCGCGCUUGUCCUCGUACAGCUCGCCGUAACAACCAUGUCCAGUUCCCUCACGGACGCCCUCCGCUCCUACAUACCCCAGGGAGACGGUCUCCUGCCAAAAUGGAUGCUCCUCGUCGCGGUCACCGCCCUCUUCAACACGCUCCAGAACUUUGUGACCACAAAAUUUACUCGUAGACUCUACAGCUCUACACCCAAUGUCACUCCACUCCAGGCUCGCACGUUUGGGACCUGGACGCUCUUGAGCGCAGUCGUGCGAGCCUAUGCUGCGUACAAUAUUCAUGACAAAACUAUAUAUGACAUGGCCCUGCUGAGCUUCCUGAUCGCGUUCGGGCACUUUGCCUCAGAGGUCCUCGUCUACCGUACCGCCAAAUUGCCAGGGCCUGUCUUCAGCCCUGUCGUCGUUUCCUCCCUGUCGCUUUUCUGGAUGAUCCGUCACUACGAGCACUAUGUCAAGGCGUGAGACGAACACGAGCUGUGCAUCCCCAGGCCAUGAGCCGAGCUGCGUGCCCUGGGGUGCCGUGCACCAUCUUCUGCUGUGUCAAGGUUUGACUGUCUCUGCGCUAAUUCAAGGCGCCCUAUUUGAGGCGUGUUAGUUGGUUUUCCGUAUGUAUCACUUACGUUACUUUAUCUUCGGCGUUC